UCCCUGCUCUUUAGGCCCGGAAACCCCGCGCCUCCUUCCUUUUCGUCGCCAUGGCGGACGGCUUCAACAAGGUCCUGCUCCUUGAUGGCCGAGGCCAUCUCCUUGGCCGUCUGGCUGCCAUUGUGGCCAAACAGAUCUUACUAGGCCAUAAAGUGGUGGUGGUGAGAUGUGAGGGGAUUAACAUCUCUGGCAACUUUUACCGGAAUAAACUCAAGUAUCUUGCCUUUUUGCGCAAGAGAAUGAAUACUAACCCAUCUCGGGGCCCAUAUCACUUCAGAGCACCAAGCCGAAUCUUCUGGAGGACCGUAAGAGGUAUGUUGCCACACAAGACAAAGCGAGGUCAAGCUGCCUUGGACAGACUGAAGGUCUUCGAUGGGAUCCCUCCUCCAUAUGACAGGAGGAAACGCAUGGUUGUACCAGCAGCCUUGAAGAUUGUACGUUUGAAGCCAACACGUAAGUUUGCUGUCCUUGGUCGCCUUGCGCAUGAAGUUGGCUGGAAAUACCAAGCAGUUACAGCCACUCUUGAAGAGAAACGUAAAGAAAAAGCCAAGCUUCACUAUCAGAAAAAGAAGAACAUUUUGAAACUGAAGAAAAUAGCUGAGAAGAAUGUUGAAAACAAAAUAGCCAAGUACACUGCAGUACUGAAACAAUAUGGUGUUCUUGUUUGAUAUAUUCACUCAGACAUUGACAAUAAAGGCUGUAUAAAAUAAAA